AUGGGUACAAAUGAGGUGGAGCAACUUAUAUUAACAUUAGGAAAGGAAAUGGGAAAGGAUGAGGAGGAAAUGAAGAAAUUUGUCGAGAUAAUUGUGAAUAAGAACUGGUAUGACAGAGUGGAGUUAUUAAAGAGCAUUACAAAUGAGCAGUGGAAAACUAUGAAUAUACCUUUAAGGCUAGUUGACAUGAUUAAAAAACGUGUAUCUUCAGAGGUGAAAGAAUUUGAAGUCGAAGAAGAUUCUAAUGAGGCAGCAAAACAAGUAUUGAAAGAAAGUACGUGGGAAUUUGAGUAUUUGACACCAGAGAAUCUAGAAAUGUCUCCAUCACUAUAUAAUUCAAUAGAAUCUUUAGUAAACAUUCCCAGGGACAAGUUGAAAGGAGUAACGGACCUAUUAUUUAAAAUAAUUGAUUCAAUUAUUAAAGAACCAAGAAAGGGUAAGAUCAGAAGAAUUAAAAUGAAGAAUCCCAAAUUUGCAUCUACAGUUGGAAGCUUUGUUGAAGCUUUGAAUGUACUUAAAUCUGUAGGCUUUGUCCAAGUAAGCCUUAAAACAAGCGAAAUCUUUGGAAAUUCAGAGGAUUGUAGUAAUGAGGAACAAGAGGAAUAUAUCGAACUUCCUGUUGCUUAUAUUUCUCGUCUAACUGAUUGCCACCAUCUACUAGCUAUUUUCUGUGAGAGAAACAAAAUUGAUUACCCAAAGCUCGUUCCUUGUGAUUUGAAUUCAAUUGAUAACUCAAAUGAAAACUCUGUUAAGAUUUCUCACUUUAAUCCAUAUGUUUCAAAUAUAUCCUCGACCUCUGCCAGCUCAAAUAAUGAAUUUUCUAGGAAUUUGAUGAAGUCUGCUAUUGAGGAGAGAAGACAAAUUGAAUCCGAAAUAAAGAAAAGGGAAAGAGAUAUGGAAAAUGGGAUUAUAAAUGAGUUUAAUCCUCAAGAUGAUGGAAAUAUCAUUUCCUCUAAACCUUUUGUUAUUCAUUCUUCAAAUAUACAAAAGUUUGACAACCUAGUCAAAGAAAUUAAUGACAUAGACUCCCAAGAAGAUUUGGAUAAUGAUGUUACUUCUCAUUUUGAACAAUCUGAAAUUCAAAGAAUUAAGGAUUCCAUACUUGGUAAAGCUCCUGCAUUCAAAAGUAGAACUAAUGAGUAUUUAAAGUCACUCUUAAAGAGGAAGGUUCACUCUCACUCAUCAAUUAGGGUGGUUUUUCCUGAUAAAUAUAUUCUACAGCUCCAAUUUAGACCAAACAAUACAACUUACGACCUCAUACAGUCUGUUAAAGAUUGCAUAAAUCCCAAUAUAUCUUCUAUGAAUUGGUAUGUUUACCAAUCCCCUCCUAUAUUAAAGGUUAACCCAGAUAAAAAUCUGACUCUACUAAAAGCUGGGUUCGUUCCUAAUGCUCAACUUUAUUUUAAGCUAGAACUUCCACCUAAUCACACUUUAAAGGGAAACUAUAUUAAGGCUCAGUUACUCAAUGAAGAUACAUAA